GUCAAAAGUUUGGAACAGUUUCGCAACUGUUUGAAACACUCGCCACCGUUACUAACUUCCCAAUUUCUGUCUCACUUGCAGGAAGAAUCGACCAACUCUGACCAACGAGGCCUCACCCCUCGCUCGAAAACCGGCCCAUCCGAAAAACUUGCCGGCCUGGGUCGUGUUUUUCUUUUCGCGAAGAGGAUGAGUGUCUAAAAUAAAACUCAUCCCGGUGAGGAAUUUUGCGCAGUUUUGCAAGCAAGUGCGUGUGUGUUUCUCGGGUGUAAGAAUGAAAGUGAAGAUUUUCUUUCCCAACGACCACCAAGUGUGAGUGAGUGAAGCAAAUUGAGCUGAAAUUCCGACUUUUCGGUCAACUUCCUGAUUUUUGUGGUGCUCGAGAGGGGGGCGUUCAGACCCCAAACCCCUGUUGACGCAGUGUUUCAGCGAAUCAAGGACAACGCGGGGAAUAUUCUGUGCAAGUGUGUUGGUGAGGAGUUUCUGCUGGUGCUUUUGUGUGCAAGUGUGUUGGUGGCGUCCGGGAACAGCUGAUAAGUGAGCAGCGUUCUGUUUGACGGGAGGGGGGGGGAGGGUGUUCUAUCUUGCUCUCUCUUUGGGAUUAAGAGAGAGACUUGGAUGUGGAGUGUGUGAAGAGAUAGGAAGAUUUGAAGGAAUUGCCUCGAAGCUGUUUGGCGGGUGCUGUCUACAGUAAUCAAUCAGAAAAUGAAUCCAGCCAUCAGUGAGCACGAGGCGGCCGGGCUGGCCGCCGAAAUGUUUGACCACUUUUGCGCGGCCACCACGAUGCGCCAGAUCCUCGGCCUGUACCGAAACAUGUGUGAUAUUCUGCAGCUGCGGCCCGGUCCGCUGAACGAGUUCUACCCGAAGUUCAAGUCGAAAAUCCGCAACUGGAAGGCGCAAGCCCUGUGGAAGAAGUUCGACGCCCGGGCGUCCCAUCGCGCGUACAACAAAGGCACCGCCGCGAGCGGAACGCGCGUUCUAGUCAUCGGCGCCGGCCCGUGCGGUCUGCGCACGGCAAUCGAGGCCCAGCUGCUCGGUGCCAAAGUGGUAAGUUGUGGUAGAAAACGUGAUAGGAUUUCUAGGAAUAACGUACUGCACCUGUGGCCAUUUCUAAUCACUGAUCUCAAGGCGCUCGGUGCGAAAAAGUUCUACGGUAAGUUCUGCGCCGGCUCGAUCGACCACAUCUCGAUCCGACAGCUGCAGUGCAUCCUGCUCAAGGUGGCCCUCAUCCUGGGCGUUGAGGUGCACGAGGGUGUGUCGUUUACGCGCGAGCUCGAACCAAAGGACGGCUGCGGAUGGCGCGCGGCCGUCUCGCCCGAAGAUCACGCCGUGUCACACUACGAGUUCGAUGUCCUCAUCGGUGCCGAUGGCAAACGCAACACGCUCGAGGGCUUCAAGCGGAAGGAGUUCCGCGGCAAGCUCGCCAUCGCAAUCACUGCCAACUUCAUCAACAAAAAGACCGAAGCGGAAGCCAAGGUCGAAGAGAUCAGCGUGGCGUUCAUCUUCAACCAGUCGUUCUUCAAGGAACUGUACCAAACGACCGGUAUCGACCUGGAGAACAUCGUCUACUACAAGGACGAAACGCACUACUUCGUCAUGACCGCCAAGAAGCACAGUCUCCUAGACAAGGGCGUCAUCAUGCAGGAUUACGCCGAUCCCGCCGAACUGCUCUCUUCCGCGAACGUAGACACCACCAAACUCCUCGACUACGCAAAAGAAGCCGCCAACUUCUCCACCAAAUACCAAAUGCCCAACCUGGAGUUCGCCGUGAACCACUACGGCAAGCCCGACGUCGCCAUGUUCGAUUUCACCUCGAUGUUCGCCGCCGACAACUCGUGCAAAAUCACCGUCCGCAAGAACUACCGACUGCUGUCCUGCCUCGUCGGAGACAGCCUACUCGAGCCCUUCUGGCCGACCGGAUCCGGCUGCGCAAGAGGUUUCCUCUCCAGCAUGGACGCCGCCUACGCCAUCAAACUCUUCUCCAACCCGAAAAACAGCCUCCUAGCGGUGCUAGCCACGCGUGAGUCCAUCUACCGACUACUCGCCCAAACAACCCCAGAGAACCUGCACCGCGACAUCGGCGCCUACACGGUAGACCCGAGCACGCGCUACCCCAACCUCAACAAAGCCUCCGUCAACAUGAUCCAGGUCAAGCACCUGCUCGACACGGACGACCCGGCCCUUCUCGAGCAAACCUUCCUCGACUCGAACGCGCUCACCACGGGUCCGGAGGUGACCGUCACGAAGCAGCGCAAGCGACGCACCAACGACACAGUCCCGCUCGGGCUGCUGCGGUGGGUCAAGUCCCAGCUCAAGGAGAACCAGUUUGUGCAGGAACUGUCGGACGCGUCGCAGUGCUUCACCAACGGGCGGGUACUUACGCUGAUCAACCGGUACCGGCCGGAUUUGGUGAACCUGGAGGAGCUGCAGGGCUGCUCGGCGGACGAGUGCAACGAGUUUGCGUUCGCGAUACUAGAAGAUCACUUGGGUGAGUUGGUGAAGGGGUCGAGACUAGAAGAUGACUUUAAGAUAAGACGUACAGAAACUACGAGACUAGAUCGGAACAAAAGACAACAAUAUAGAAAUCAGAACCGCGAUUAUUGCACUCGAUCGUUAGUCCUCGAUAAACGGUCGAAAUUGUUUUACACGGAGGAGCGCACCCGCCGUCUGCAGGAGAUCGAGUCGAACCGGGCCGAUCGGCAGACCAAGCGGCGCCAGGCCCGGGCCCAGCAAACGCAGAACUUCUUCACCAGCCUGCACAUGCUCCAGGCGAACACGCUGCUGCGCGAAAGCGACGACAGCUCGGGCGCCUUCGAGGACUACUCGCUGUUUCUGUACCGCCAGCAGGCGCCCGUCUUCAACGACCGCGUCAAGGAGAUCGAGAUGAAGCUGCGGUAUCCGGAUCGCGAGCGGGGUCUGGCCGCGGCCUACCCGCGGGGCCUCGUCGGGGCCGACGGUGAACAGUUUAGCGAUCGGAUCCGCUCGAUGGAGCAGCGCAUCGGCGGCGGUCGGCACGCCCCGGCCACCGAAAAGAAGCCGAAGGAUCUGCUGCGCGCGAUCGGCAAGAUCGACAGCAACGAUUGGAACGUGAAGGAGAUCGAGAAGAAGAUCGAACUGUCGAAGAAGGCGACCGACAUCGGCAAGAGCCGCGAGCGCGUCCCGAAGUGGAACCGCGAGCAGUUUCUCGCCCGCCAGAACAAGCUCACCCAGCAGCCGGACUGCGAGGAAAAGUACAAGGAGUUUGACAGCUCGAUAAAGGCGAUCGACAAGCAGCUCAAGGAGGGCCACAACCUAGAUUUGGGCGAGCGCGGCAAGAACAAGGUCGCGUCCAUCGCUGGACAACUGCAGAGCAGCAAGCAGCACCACCAUCAACACCAACAGCAGAACCAAAAAUCGACCUCGAAGGCCGCCCUGGUGCUGACCUCGUCGGGCGUGGCGGAAAAGUGCCACUUUUGCAAGCAGCGCGUCUACCUUAUGGAGAAGAUCUCCGCGGAGAACCUCACACUGCACCGGUCCUGCCUCAAGUGUCACCACUGCCACACGAAUCUGCGACUCGGCGGCUACGCCUUCGAUCGCGACGACCCGGAGGGCAAGUUCUACUGCACCCAGCACUUCAAGCUCCCGUCCAAGACGGUCAAACCGGUGCCGAAGCGGUCGCUACCGCGCACUCCCCAACAGAUCGCCGCUCAGUCCCCAAUUGCAGCAGCAUCAGCAGCUACAGCCGCCUCAGCCCAGCAACCGUCCACGCCGGACUCGAAGAGUUCCGGCAUCAACUUCGACCUGCUGGAUCGGGGUGAAACGCCCGAACGGAUCGAGUUUGAGAACGCCGACGAGGCAAUUUCGGACGGCGAGGCGGCGAUGGAGGUGAUUGACGAGAACGAGUGGACGGAUCGGAACUUUGGCACCGAGUCGGACGAGUCCGACGAGGAGAUGUCCAGCUCGGACGAGUCGGACUCGGACUCGGAUUCGGACUACGAGGAAGCGGCCGGGUCGCCGUUGGGGGCGCAAACGCUUCAGCUGGCGUCGGAGUGGAUCAGCGACAAGCGCUUCUCGAACAUGGUGGACAGCGAUGAUGACUUCUAUGGAUACUCGAGUGAAGAUGACGAAGCCGACUCGCAGACCGAGGGUGAAGAACUGGCUCGAGCUCGCGAGAUGCGAAUGCAGGAGGUCAAGCUCAUGCCCCCGCCGACCCUGCCAACCGACACCGAGACCGAGGUUCCCCCUAAGUCGGUAGUUGAACCACCGACUACCGCCGUUCCUCAGUCUAACCUUAACGAACCUUGCACUAGUAGUAGCACCUUUGGUAACAACCCUCCGGCACCUCCGGUAGAAUCCGCCGAGGAGAAGGCCAUCCGCGAGAAAAUGCUCCAGAAGCUUAGCGUUCGCGAACAGUGGUUGCACUCGUCGACCCCGUCGCCACCACCGCAGGGUCCUCCGACUUACGGAACCGCCGGUGCCAACACCACCCCCGUUGGCACUCCUCCUCCAAGCGAACCCCCAAAACCCAAAACCUCCUUCUUCGGUGGUCUCAUGAACAGUCUCAGCACACUCAUCAAGUCAGACAAACAGCAAUCGCCGCCGAAACCGUUGCAGUCGCCACCCAAAGAUUCACCCCCCGAGGUCACUCCGGUCGUAAUUCCACCCUCGCCUUCCCCAUCGAUUCGCCGUCUUGCCCAAUCUUCACCCAAACCUCCCCCGUCGCCGACUCCGUCCCUGCGCCGCCAGAACCAAAAACAACCGGAAGUUCCGGGUUCGCCAACCCCAUCGCUAAAGAAGCACCGCAAGCACAAACCCGCGACUCCCUCUCCGACGCCGUCCACCGCCAGUCGCGUCUCCUCCUCCGGACAUCCGGACGAUAUCGAGUUUGAGGAGGUGUUCAAGGAGGAUCUUAAAGAGUGCAACAGCAGCGGUCGUAGCACUCCGCAGAAGCAGCUGAAGCGCCGUAGUCGACCCAAGGUUCGUGAGGAGGGCGAAGAUGACUUCCUGGAGAAGAUCAAGCAGGAUCAGGCCGCGCUGGAUCGGCGCAUGAAGAAGGUCGACGCGCAGAAGUUUAAGAGUAACAUGCAGUCGAUCAAGUCCGCCGUUGAGGGUCCUCGUAUCGUGGGCGUCAAGAGUGAGAAGGACGUGUCCAAGUUCUUCACCGGGGCUAAGGUUGAGGCGAAGCCGAAACAGCUUCCGAAUAAGGACGUGUCCGCUUUGCAGGGUGUCAACCUUGCCAAGUACUUCCCUAAUGCGAAUCCGGCACCGACAACCAGUCCCAAAGCUAGCGCGACUCCGUCGUCUGUGUCCAGCGUUGAAGGCUCCCCCAUGCUUACCCGCAAGAAGUCCAGCGAGGUCGAUCUAAUGAAGUACUUCGGUCCCAGCACGGCCAAGUCCUCCCCGUCAACACCGUCGUCCCUAGCAUCGCCAGCAAUCUCCCGCAAGAACAGCGUCGAGUCUCCAGUUACCGUGCAGAAGACUACCCCAAAACCCACCGUCAACCUCGCCCCCAAACCUCCAGUCGUUCCCCUUCCACCCAAGAAGAACAUUCUGGCCUUCCAGCCGAUCAAAAAGUCCUCCACGGAGUCCACGAUCGCACCUGCGCCGCCGUCUCCAGGUCCAACUAAAAAUGCUCUCGCCUUCCAACCCGUUGCCGGCGGCAAGACUCCUCCGUCCCCGAAAGCCGCACCCAAAGCAAGCAGCUCGCCUCCCAAAAAGACCCCCACAACUCGCAAAUCUCCCGACGACGACAAACUCUUCGACGACCUGCUCAAAGACAUCGACAAGUCUCCGCUCCCCGCCAAGAAACUAACCAAGACUUCACCCCCUACUAAAAAGAAGACUUCCGAUGAUCGCGUAUCGCCAAAACCGGUCAAAAAGUCCAAACCUCCCACCCCCAAGCGAUGCUCGCCCGAUCUAGACGAGCAGCUCUUCGAAGACCUGCUCGGCGACGUGGACGACUCCGUCGUAGAAAACUUUGAAGAAAUCGUAGGUCUCCCCAAGCCGAAGCAAAGCCCAAAACCUACCAAGAAGAAGCUAUCCCCCAAGCAGUCCCCGAAGCCGGUGAAAAAGCCCACCGCUCCGGCGGUCCCCAAAAUGACCGUCAAACGACCCCCCUUCAAGAUCACCGUGCCCGUCAAGAUGCAGGAAACGCUGGAGGAAAUCUACCUGGCCAGUUUGUCCAAGCUGGACACGCGGUCCGCUUCCUCCACCAGCUUGAACACGAUCGACACCCCGAUCAAGAGCAACUCCGAGCACGACCUAGGUAAGGUGGACGAAGCGUUCGAAGCGUUGCUUCAGGAACCCACCGUCACGACGGUGACGGAACCCAUUAAAAACCAGCCCUUUCAGGCCCCCCAGCGGAAGCGGACAUCACCACCGAAGCAGGCUGGCGCCGAAAGCGGCGCGAAAGCUACUAGCGAAACGAGGACAGCGGAGAGGACCGUGGUGUCGCAGGUGGUGCCGAUAGCGCCUGCGACGCCCAAGAUCACGAAGAAGAACGUCGAAACGCCCCAAUCCAAACUGUCUAACCAAACUGAAUUAAAACAAGCCGCGGAAUCGCCCAAACCGGCGCAGAAGUUCCCGUUGAAGUUGAAGCAAGCUGGUAGCGCUACUUCGUUGGAUAAGGUCGCGACUGUUCCGAAGAAGGUCGACACGGGUUCGAAACCUGCCACACCCGUAGUGGCGAGGAAGGUCACUAGCUCUCCGGUUGACAAGGUUGCUAUGUCGGAAACUGCCACACCGAUCCUAACCAGAAAGAACGUCACCUCGGAACAGCUACCAACAGCGGGAACACCUGUUCUGACAAGGAAACCUACCAACUCGAAUCUUCCAAUGGCGGUUACCAACGGCGAAGUUGUACCAAAGUCAGCUCCAGCAAACAAGGUAGUCAAAGAACCGCCAACACCCGUUGCAAGCAGGAAGACCGACACAGCAACCAAGCCUUCUACUCCCAUUGCGACUAAGAAGAUCGUCUCGCCAGCUCCGGGAUCAGCCACGAUCGUUCUAGCCAAGAAUAGUUCGGUAUCCAUUGAAGCAACUCCGAUUGCGACAAAGACGAUCGACAAGACGGAAUCUGUCAAGCCCGUGUCGGCUUCGUCGACACCCGUUUUGACAAAGCAUGAUACAGCUAAGGAACCGCAGGAACCAGCAAUCGUAGCACCCACAUCUCCCACAGAGGAUCCCAAGCUGGAAGAGAAGCCGAAGCAGCGCAAACUAUCCUCCGACGAGGUCUGCUUCGAGGAGCUGCGCAAGAAGCACGAAGCCGCUUUCCGCGGCGAGCUGGAGCAAGCUGCAGCUCCCGUACAGGAACUGGUCGACAGCAAACCCGUUGACGUUCCGCGCACCCUUUCCGAGUUCCGCAGCUCGAUCAUCUGCAAGCCUGCCCCGCUGCGCUCCGCCCAGCAGGACGGUCCGGCUUCUCCGGUGAGCGACAAAAUCAACGAACUUGUCGAGGAGAUUAUGCCGGGAGCGAACCUGGACGACAUGAUCGACGACGUGCCGGUGCCGGUCGAGCGCAAAAAGUCCUCCUUCGCGAAGAUGUUCCACAAGCUGCAGCGCGCGAAUACGAUUGCCGCGAUGGAGGCGUCCUCGCUGAAGCCACUGGCGGCGAAGCCGAACGACGAGGAGUACAAGAUUGAGGUGAUCCGCGAGACUCCGGCGAAGAAGGAGUCUCCGCAACCGGAUCGCAUGAAGAUCAACCUGGAGCGAAGCGCGCAGAUCAAGGAGCAAUACGCGAAGCAGAAGGCACCGUCACCGCCGAAGGCUGCCAAGGUGAUUCCUCCAACGGAGGUUGGAAGGACAGGUUCGUUCAAGAUUCAGUCGGCGCUGCCCAAAGAAGAACCUGUUCAGAGACAAGAAUCCGCCCCAGUGCCAGCGGAGAGAAGAUCGCCCACAAAGAAGCAACUUCCGACGACUCCGAAAUCUCUGGAAAGAACAGAAUCUCUCAAGGUAACGGCUCCGAUACCAAUGGAAAGAAGGUCUCCGACAAAGAAGCAGCUUCCGAUAGCUCAGAUACCAGUGGAACGUACAGAGCCUCUCAAGAUAAAGGUAGUUCCUGUUCAGAAGCAGGAAUCCGCUCCAGUUCCAGCGGAGAGAAGAUCACCGACAAAGAAACAGCUUCCAGCAACUCCAAAACCACUGGAACGAACAACUUCCUUAAAGGUAAACGCAGAAUCCGCUCAAAAGCUUGAACCGGCACCUAAACCGAUGGAAAGAAAAUCUCCCAAGAAGCAACUCCCAACCUUGACAAAACCCCUGGAACGCACAACAUCGCUACGAGUUACAGCGGAAGCUCCAAAACUUGAACGCAAACCGUUCCAGCUGCCAACCACGCCCAAUGACAUCGAUCAUCAGCUUAGUAUCCUGAGCCGCGAGCCAGGAAGCUCCGCCAACAAACCGUUCGUCGUAGACUUUGACGAUCUGCUGGACAGCGUGGAAACGACGGAAGUGGUGAGCUUUGACGAUCUGCUCUCGUCGGAUGAUGAGAAGCCGGCUAAGACAAUACCGAGAGUGGCUGAGCAGAAGCUGCCAGCUGAAAAUAUGGUAAUGUCGGUUCAGACGGUUCCAAAGGUAACAGAGCAGACAAAGCCACUAUCAGUACAGAAAAUUGCUGUAACACCAGUUGUUCCGAAACUUUCUGAACAGAACAAGGUCGUGUCAGCGGAAAAGAUUGCAACGGCUCCUAUCAAGGUAACGGAGAAGAAGCUGGAUGCUUCUGAGCUGAUCAAACCAGUAGCUGUCCAGACUUCAAAGAUCGAGCAGAUCGCACCGAAGAAUCCUCUCUCCGAGAAGGAGUUCACGCAGGCAGCUCAACAGCUGACGGACAAGUUCUUGAAUGCCCAACCGAAGAAGAUUCAGGAAACGCCAAGCGAACAGAAGGAUUUGAAAGCAGAAGCGAUGAUGACGGUGCUGACGGAAGCUACGGACAUCUCCGUCAAGGAAACCGAUUUGUUCGACUCGCUGUGCGAGACACUCAACCAGGACAGUUUGAUCAGCAAGUCUACGACAUCGCUCAGCACGCUGCCGGACUUGGUGAGCAUGACCCAGAAACCUACCAUCGAGGAAUCGAAGCCACUCAAGGUGCUCGACUUCACGGACAAGAUCAAGCAGAUCGCCAACCACGUGCCGCAGGAGAUUCAAGUGUACACGCUGCACACGGAGGAGGACAAGCCGGCUCCGCAGCCUUCCACAAGUGGAGUUACGAACAACUAUGCCCACAUCCUGAAGGACAUCACGUCCGGUAUAGUUGGUUCCAAUCUGGACAUGUCGGUAACGUACGAGCCGCCUCCGGCGAUCGACCGCAAGCCCAAGUCCGACUUUACCACGUACAAGCAGAUGCUGCAGGAGAAGUCGCACGAAUCGCCGGAACCGCCGUCCCAGCAGCCCCAACGACCGCUUCGAAAGCCGAAGCCGAUCGAGCGCAGCGUCUCGCCGAUCGUGGCUAGGCCGUUCGACAACUCGAUCUGCGUGAAUCCGCGCAGGGCUCGCAAGUCCCCUAGCAUUGAGAACAUUGCGAUCGAGCAGGUAUUUGUCAAGCAGGAUGACAAGGUGAUCGAUACGUUCUACGUGGUACCGGAGCAGUCAAGGCAGCUGAAGCGUCGCUCCAAAUCGUACGAUCGACUGGAGGUGCCGAGCAGCUCGAAGGCCAGUGCCAGACAGGCGAAGCAUUCGCUGGAUGAGCUGCGGGAUUAUGGAUUUGAUAUUGAGCCACCGUCGACGGUGAAGCACCUGGUGAAUCCGCGGCUGCGUCACUUGGACUUUGAGGGCUCUGACGAAGAGCUGUCGAGCUUUAGGGAACCGAAGCGGUUUGAACGUGUUAGGAAGUGCAACUCGACGACGGAUACGUCCAAGUUGGACGUGGAAGCGACAAGGGUUGACAUCGAUCGGGAAUCGCCGAUCCCGCGCAGUACGGACUUUUCCAAGUGGGAAGCGAUCCUCGAUCGUGGAGUUCCGUACUAUAAGGAGCAGAAGCAUCAGAAGAAGGAGGACGUUAAGACGUUGGAGCGUAAGCUGGAAGAUUUGAAGGUAGAACGGAAGCCGCGCAAGCGGUUCCCUGCCAAAACGACGAUCCCGAAGGAUUACGAUCCGCAGGAGUACGUUCCGAGGAUCAACAGAAGAUUCGAGGAACCGGAUUCGGAUCUACCCAAGUGGUACGAUCCAGACGAGUACGUUCCGAAGGCACAACGUGGCAAUCCAAUGUACGAGACGGAAGUUCCGGUGUCAAGAUCGCACCGUGCCUACGACAUGGAGGUUCCUACAAGCAGACCACAGCGAGUUUCCGCUCACGAGAUGGAGAUGCCUGUAAGCAGACCACAACGGACUUCAGCUCACGAGAUGGAGGUUCCGAUCAGUCGCGUUGGUGGCCGUUACUAUCACGAACCAAUGCAUCUGGAAGACUACCCGGUGUCGCACACCCUUCCGCGAUCGAAGACCGCGACUCACAUCCCUUACAGCUCGGUUUCGUCUCGAUCGCACGAUCUACCCUCAAGGGAGAUCACCAAGACCCAAUACUCACGUCGUGCAAAUGUGGACAACAGCGCGAUCGUUUCGCGCAGUCAACGCCUUCACGAGAAAGCCAACAAGUACAUCCGCUCGCAAAUCUCCAAGAACGACCCGAACCCCUACAUCCGUGAGCUCGCAGACACUGACGACGAGGACUUCCACCUGCCAGUUCCCUCCUCAACCGCGCACAGAACCCCGAUCACGACCUCCAGCUCGUACCAUCACCCCAUGACAUCGUACGGGUCGUCCGGCUCGGCCGCGAUGAGCCGUAUCACCACAAAAGCCAUCACCCAGCCGUCCCGGAUGACCCAUUACGCCCGGAAGGACGCUCCGUCCUCUGCCGGCGCGUCCUCCUAUCGCCGCGGGGGUGAAUCUUCGAACCGUCGCGAUAACUGCGCCAUUGGCGGUUCCGACUCGGACUCCAACUCGGAGGAGGUCAACUCGGCGACGGAGAUCUCGACGGACUCGGAGUUCGACCAGGAGCCGAGCCACCACCGGCUGCCGCCGCGCAUCUUCAUCGACGAUACGCACCUGCGACGACCGGCUAAAGUACAGGUUAAGCAGAUGACGAUCGACAAUGGCGUCCGUCAGCGUCGGCAGUUCUCGGCGACGACCAACGUGCGAAAUCUCGCGGACAGCAAGCAGCGAUCGCCCGGUGACGACGAUCCGUACUACAAGCGUGACAUCCAUCUGGAGUUCAAACCGCUGAUCGAGGUUGAUCCCACGAUCAAGCUGAGCCAGAAUCGUGCUCCGCUCUCGAUCCCACGACCUGGGGACUACGCGCUCAGUAAGACCGCCAGCACCGAGGGGAUCGCUUCGAAGAAGAGUUUGGAGCUGAAGAAGUAUCUGUUGGGAGAAUCUACCGCGGGAACCGGGGUGCUCAAGAGUGGCUCCGCUUCGGCUCUGGACUCCAAGUUCAAAAGCUUCCACUCGAACAUUACCGAGUGCCAGAAGCUGCUCAAUCCGGCGCCGGAGAUCAGCCCAACGAUGCAGACCUUCCUGCAGAAGACGUCGGCUCCGGCUCCGACAGCGACAUCGCUGCUGGCGCUACGCAAGGAAGCCAUGCUGACCGGCAGGAACGAAGAGAAGGAGAACGUGUACGACGGGAAGAUCGCGCCCAAGAGGUACGCUGAAACGGUCAACGCAACGCUGGUCGAGAACAAGCUGAACGAGCUGAAGAAGGAGGAAGCCAAGGACAAGAAGGACGAUCGCCCAAACAACAACAACGAACGACUGAUCGAGACGAUAAGCUUGAUCACGCCAGAGAAGGAGUCGAGAAGGGUGGAGGAAGAGCCAACGGAGCAGAAACCGAUCGUGGAGGACGGCGAUCGGAUCGUGGAGAUCAAGAACAUCUCCAACCUGAAGCACAUGUUUAUCGACUUGACGUCGGACUCGCCAAACUGCGAUCGAUCGCUGGUGGAGACUACGCUGAACUUUAGCAUGACUCCGCCGUCGGCGGCUAAAGGAACGUCCGUUCAGAGCAAUGGAGAGCUGAAGAACAACAUCCCGGACAUUAUCAGCAGCAUCAAGAUCGAUAGCAACGAGAACAAGGUGGAGGAAGAGGAAGAGCAGGAACGUACGCGAAGUCCAGCGCACGAGACUUCCAUUCAAGUGCCGGAAGUUCCCUGGAAUAAGGAACAGGAAGACGAGGAGGACAUCGAUUCCGACAGCAUAUCGGAAUCGAGCUCCAGCAGUAGCAGCAGCAGUACUUCGAGCGUCGAUGACAUCCCGCACUUUAUCCUGGACUCGACGACCAGUCCGGAGACGCAGAACGAUGAACGGUUCGUGCCGAGGGUUGAGGUGCGCGAUACCGCCGGAGAGCUGAUGCAGAUCGACAGUCUGAUGAUCAUCGACGGGAAGUACAUCGGAGAUCCGGAGGAUCUCAAGCUGCUGGAGGAGCUGCCACCGGAUACGAAGAUCGCCGCGAAGCUUUCCCAGCAGGAGAUGAAUCUGGACAGUAUAUGUGUGCUAGAGGAUAAGCUUCCAACUCCGACGGAGGAGCGAAUGCCUCCUCCGAUCCCGCUGCCGGUUCUCGAGCUCGAACCCAAAGAGGAUCCCGUCGAGAAGCCGGCUUCCAAACCAUCUAGUCCCACCCAGCCGAAGCCGGACCUCAAGUUCGACACGCGCAACGAAAACAAGCUGGACACGCUAAAGAACCUGCCGCUGGUGCUGGAUCUCCAACCACAAAAGCCGCGCAACCUAAGCUUCGCCGCGAACCGCAAGUCACCGGAAACCGACGCGGAAAAGACUCCGCUUGCGCCGUCCCAGCUGCUUCCGCAGCUCGCCAAAGCGGAAGGAUCCGACUCGGAAACGGAACUUACGGCGCAGAACCUGACGGAAACCGAACUGUCCGACUGGGCGGCGGACGACGCCGUGUCGGAGAACUUUGUCGACAUUGAGUUUGCGUUGAGCUCGAACAAGGGCACGAUCCGGCGGAACAAGCCGAAGCAUGGACGGCUGCAGCAGAAGAAGGUGAUCGCGGCUGCGCCGUUGGCGUCGGUGGAAGUUCGCCAGCAGGCUUCCGAGGAUGGAAUUAUGAAGAACUUGGCGAUCGAGGACAUUGAAUUUAUGGACACGGGAUCCGAGGAGGAGAGCUGCAUCGAGAGUUACUCCGCCACGAAUCGGGCGAUGCUGAAGAACCGCGGUUACGUGGAGUUUGUCGAUCCGAGAAGCCCCAAGCCGGCGACGUACGCGAUGGGGAACAACUAUGGACAGCUGGCGCAGUCGAGCAAGCCAAAGCUGGUGGAAGCGAUCAACAAGCAGGUCGCCGGGGUGGACUACAUCGAGCAGGGAGCGUACCUGCUGAACAGUGCCGCGGCGGACGAUUCGAAAACGCCGAUGAACGAGGAACCGCCCGCGAAGAUCACGUUCAGUGCGUUGGCGGCGCAGAACAAGGCGUUGCAGCAGCCGCCGCAGCAGCUGGAUAGCUUGAACGAUAUCGAGGAGGAUAGCUUGCUGAUUGUGACUUCGUCGCAGGGAACGGCAACGACUACGGAGGAGAGUGAAGCGCCGACGAUCGUGGCUCCGGUGGAACGAACUGUGGGUAGUGGAAGCAGCGGUCGAGGAAGCGUGAAUUCGUUCAGCUCGAAGCAGCAGAUGGAGGAGAAAGUCGGGAGGAGUCCGGUUCGGAAGGUGUCAACGGAGUCGAGUUCCGGGGAAAGCGAAGCAGUCGAGAGGAAUAUGAGGAAGGACUCGCUGAAGAACAACAUCGACAUCGGGUACGAUGAGUACGUGAAGCGGCUGCAGCAGAAGAUCGCGCUGAUCAGUAGCGCUCGAGACUCGUUGGAGGUUAAGAAGAGCAAGCGAAAGUCGUCGAGGGAUGCCGGGUUGGAUGAGGCUUCGGUAGUGGAACCAGUGAAGAAACCGGCCGCGGCGAGCAUUUACACCGAACAAAGUUCACUCGAAGUGCCAAAGAGCGUGGAGAAGAAGAUCGAGGAGAUCACCAAGGAGCGCGUCAAGCAGAAGGACAUCAUUCACGAUCUAGUCAUGGACAAGCUGCAAACGAAGAAGCAGCUGAACGCGGAGAAGCGCCUCAACCGGAGUCGAAACCGAAACAACGUGCUCCCGGGAGUGUCUCCGGUCACUCCGAGCCAUCCUACACCAGCACAUCCCCCCGAAGGAUUCCCUUCCUAUCAACCCGUAGCCAGCGAUCGCCGUAACCGCAUCCUCGACAGCAAGGAAACAACCUUCGCCCAGCCAACCCCGGUGCCGAUCUUCCCCAACAAGGAGAACAUCGCAGCGUUCGCCACCCCAGCAAGCUACCUGCAAGCAACUCCUCGCACGAACGCCAAGAAACCCGCGGAAGAAACGCUCACCCUCACGGAGCAACUCCGCGAAGAAGCCCGCGCCCGUGCCCGCCUCAAAUCCAACCAGGACCUCGGCCUCUCCCCUGAAGACCGGGUCCAGCUGCUGCGCAAAAAGUUCCACAUCAACCUGCGCGAACUCAAUGACCAAGAUCCGAACAAGUGCGACGACACCAAGUUCAAGGAGCGCUCGACCAAGCUGAUGACCUCGAAGAGCGUCAACGACGUGUCGAUCCUCAAAAACCUCAGCAACGAUCCGGACUUUAUCUCGCCGGUGGACGAACCCCUGAUCGGGGCCAAGCUGCAGGACUACGUGUCCGACCCGAACCUGGUGCAGAGCCCAACGACCGGUUCCAGUGGCGGGGCCAGCGACGAGCUGCGGCUGAGGACGCGCAGCAAGUGCAAGGACCGCGAGCGCCGCAAGAGCAUCAUCGAGAAGGUGUCGGAGUUUUUCAACAGCAGGAAGAAGACGGAAGCGCAACCGGCGACUGGUGCGUCGUCCGGCAGUAAGGACUCGUCGCCGACCAAGAAGGAGGCGGGCUGCGGAAGUGGGAAUGAGUUGGCGGUGCCGAACAGUGCGAGUAGUUCGACUAGUGGCGGAGGAGGUGUGGGCUUUUUGAGGUUCAAGAUCUCGCCGAAGCUGAAGGAUAAGUCCAAGUCGUGCUUUGAUGUGAGGAAUAUGGGUUUUGGUACCAAGGAAGGUUCACCGUACGAGCGGUGCGCCUCGGAGGACUGCCUUAAAAAUGCCGCCGCCGCCACCACAAGUUCAACCAAUACGACCACAACAACGGCCGCCGGCACCACAACGACCACGUCCGGGCGGGACACCACCACAACCGGUUCCUCGCCGACGACGGGCGGCGGUUCCUCCAGCGGCAACCGCUUCACCCCGAUUGGGCGCAAGGAGGCCGAGGAGCUGGAACCGCCACCGAUUCCGCCACUGCCCCUCAACUACCAGCGUUCGGAUGACGAAAGCUGCACCACCAACGAGCCAAAGAACGAACUGAAGAAGCUGCGAGCAAUGUCCAAGGCAUCGCGUCAAGCCGAGUUGAAAAGACUGAGGAUCGCGCAGGAGAUUCAGCGCGAGCAGGAGGAGAUCGAGGUCAAGAUCAAGGACCUGGAGACGCGCGGCGUCGAGAUCGAGAAGGAGCUGCGCGGCGAGAGCGAAUCGCUCGAGAAGAACAUCGAGAACCUCGGUGCGAACGACGAGGGCCUCGUCAAGGAGUGGCUCGAGCUGAUGCGCAGCAUCACGCGGCACAAGGUGCGCGACGAGGAGCUCACCAUCCGGCAGCAGGAGCUGCAGCUCGAGCACCGGCACGCCCAGCUCAAGGAGGAGCUCAACAUGCGGCUGUCGUGCAGCAAACUCGACAAAAACUCGUCGGACGUCGCCGCCGAGGGUGCUAUCCUGAACGAGAUGCUGGAGAUUGUGGCGAAGCGGCAAGCGCUGAGGCCCUCGCUGGACGCGGCCGCGGCCGCUGCGGCGGCUUCCGUCGGUGGGGCGGCAGCAGCUCUUCCGCCACGGUCCAAGGACGUAAGCGAUGUAAGCACUGAUGAGCAAGAACUCGAAGAAGAGCUAGAAGAGCUUGAAGAUGCCGGCAUCGAGCGGGAUUGUGUGGCCGUAGCUAGCACUAGUAGUGGUCGUAACAGUAGCAGUAACCAUUUAAACCCAAACAAUGUGAUCUAGUGAUAGAACGAGAACGAGGUGAAUCCAGGCAGAAAAAGUGUGGAAUUGAUUUAAACUUGCUUCCCGGUGCGGGCCAACCACUAUCAAAUAGUGUGCGCGACUCGAAACGACAAGUUCCGGAGGAGGAGAGGGAGCCAGCAGCUUGUGUACAGUGUGCUCUUAGGCUUAGGGAUGUUCAACCAAAAUGUUAAGGAAGAUAAAAAAGAAAAACAAAAACGCAAAUCUGCCACAAUAUUAAGAGGAAGUGAAACGAAAAGUUAGACAAUUUUUUUUAGAGGUUUAUAUUUUUAGUUUGUGACAGACUCUUUAUUAACUCUUUCUCUCUUUUUUUGCGCUGCAAACCAUCGUUAUUUACCGUUUUGUUCUUAUGUUUGUCGGAGAAUGAAGUGUUUAUCUUUAUUAUGUUUUUAUUGUUUGUUAACAGAAAAAUUGCCUCAAUAGGUUGCAUGACAGGAUUAAGUUUUCUUUUGCUUACUGACCGAUUCUCUUUCAACUUGUAAAGUGUUCUAGUUUUUGUUUCACUUUUGAUUUAACCAUAAGACUUGUGCUCCCUUUUACAGUUUCAAUAGGUUUAUUUAUUUGCUCCCCCUAUUUUUUACUACUCAACCUGCUCAGUUUUCAAACUCUCUAGUUUAAUUAACGUGUUUCAAUAAAACUGUAAUUUAGUCAAUUAUUUUUUGCAGUGUUUCGUUUUUUUCCGGUUUUUCAGAAACACACUCAACUACACUAAAACGACAUUCGCACAGAAAAUGCGCACGCACACACUGACAAACACAUACACACACACAUACUCGCGACAUUGGACUUUGAACAAAAAAAAGGGACAGAAUAGAACCAGAUUUUCGGCGUUUCAAAAACAAAAAUUAAAAUGUUAGCUUCGUUUCGGCAAAAACAAAAAAAAAGCAAAUGCAAAUUAAAUACGGCUAGGUGGUAAGGGCAAGUUUCUUGUGACUUUUUGCAGUAUUACAAAAUAUUUUUUACACAUGAACAGAGUUAUAAAUUAAACAAAAAAUCGCUAACCCCCCAAAAAACGAAAAAAAGCAGAAUUUAACCGCGCGGCUUACAAACUGACAUGGUCUAAAGAAUGAAGCGCAAAGUGUAUAUUUGUAGGAAUUAGGCGUCUUGAUAAAAAGGCGCACGCUAACGAAAGGAAUUUAAAGCAAUCAAGUCAGGAUGAAGUGAGGACGCGUGAGCAAAGUGAGAGCUACAAUGUUGCAAUUCAUGGAAACUAUUCUUAACAAACGAAAAGUUAAACUAAAACGCAGACUCAACACACAGAACACGGCGAACAAAAGUGAAAAGAAACAUUAACAAUUACAAAACUAAAACCAACAAGAAGGAAACUAACCGAAUAAAGAUAGCGAACAAGUGAAAUGAUUUGAAUUUAAGGAAAGAAAAAUGUAAGUCAACAAAGCUUUAAGAGAUUUUGAACGAGGAAUAAAACAUUUAAAAAACUUAUCGAUGAAUUGAUUUGAAA